AUGAGCACUUAUACAGUAUGGGACCAUCACGGUGAAGUUUCAAAUGAAGCAAGCAUGAGUGAGCUUCGAAGGCGAUACAUUCAGCAAAGGGCAUCUUCUAGUUGUGAUGUCGGUCCUUCCAUGAACCCAAUCACAGAGCUUAUUCAUGAUUCUUUCCCGUAUUACCCCGGAUAUGAUCCUCAUGCAGUAGAUGACCCGACUACUGAUGGUGAGCCUACAUUCAGUGAUGUUGUAGAUGAUGAUUAUGAAAAGUAUGAUAGGCUUUUACAGGAAGCCCAGACCCCAUUGUAUGAUGGCAGCACUGAGACAGUUUUGAGUGCCGUCUUAAAAGCAAUGCAAUUGAAAGUAGAUAAUGGAUUGUCUGACAAAAGUAUUAACGACAUAUGUACUUAUAUCAAAGACUUGCUUCCUCCUGGACACAUUUUUCCCCUUAAUAUGCAAAGGAUUAAAAAGAUCUUGAAAGAUAUCGGUUUGGGUUAUGAAACAAUUGAUGCAUGUGAGUAUAAUUGUGUGUUGUUUUACAAAGAUAACAAAAGUCUUCAUUAUUGUCCUAAAUGCCUAACUCCAAGAUGGAUGCCACAUGAAGAAGGUAGGAAGAACACUAAAAUUGCCCGAAAAGUGAUCCGUUUCUUCCCUCUGACCAAAAGGUUGAAGCGUUUGUACAUGUCGCCGCACACUGCAAAGGCAAUGAGGUGGCAUGGAGAGAGGCAUGUAGAUGAUGAUGACUCUCUCAAACACCUGGCAGAUGGAGAGGCAUGGCAACAUUUUGAUAGAUCAUUUCCUGGUUUUGCCCACGACACUCGAAAUGUGCGUCUUAGACUUGCAACAGACGGUUUCAAUCCUUUUGGAACAAUGGGAACCUUGCAUAGCACGUGGCAUGUUGUUGUGAUACCGUAUAAUUUGCCUCCAUCAAUGUGUAUGAAGAAGGAAUUUAAUAUGCUGGCUUUGUUGAUUCCAGGUCCUAAGUCUCUAGGAAAAUGUCUUAGUGUGUUUAUGGAGCCAUUGAUCGACAAGCUCAUAACAUUAUUCACGCAUGGAGUCCAUACUUUUGAUCGGUAUGACGGAUCCAUUUUUAUGAUGAAAGCAGCAGUUUUGUGGACAAUCAGUGAUUUUCCAGGUUUAGGAAUGUUGGCAGGCUCAUGUACCCAUGGGUAUAAGGCGUGUCCUAUUUGUUUGGAUGAUGUUUGCUCAGAACACAUAUGUGGGAGGAUGGUAUAUGAGGGUCACCGCAGAUGGCUACCCCAAGACCACCAUUGGCGAUCUGCUAGCCACGCAUUUAAUGGGUUCAGUGAAUUUAGGCCAAGACCCUCUACUCUGUCUGGUGAGGAAAUUUGGGCAAAAAUAAACGCUCAUGAUUACUUUGUGCUUAGCUUACACGAGGACUUCAAGGUCCCUUAUAAUCGAAGAAACAGAAUAUGUUGGACACACAUUUGCGAGUUUUGGAGGUUGUCUUAUUGGAGAUUUAUUAUUGUGAGAUACUGCCUAGAUGUCAUGCACAUUGAGAAGAACGUUUGGGACACCAUCAUUGCAACCAUUCUAGGUAUUGAAGGAAAGUCGAAGGACGGUCCAAAAGCUCGAGCUGCUUUGAAAAAAAGAGGGGUGCGAAGAAGUCAGUGGGAAAGAAACAGUGGAGAACUUCCUCCUGCAUCAUUCACUGUCAGGCAGGAACACAGAGUUGAGAUAUUUGAAUGGUUUCGUGAUGUUAAGUAUCCUCAUAGUUAUGCAGGAAGUUUGAGGAAUAAGGUUAAUCUCCAUGAGAAGAAGUUUCAUGGUUUAAAGACCCAUGAUUGCCAUGUAAUGCUCCAACGUCUUCUUCCAGUGGUUAUACGACUGUUCUUACCUGAGCACGUUGUCAGGCCUUUAGUAGCACUAUCAAGAUGGUUUCAAAAAUUAUGUGCUAGAGAGUUAAAAAAGGAGGAAGUCCGACAAAUGAAAGAUGAGAUAGUCAUUAUUCUAUGUCAGUUUGAAAUGAUUUUUCCUCCUCAUCUGUUUACCAUCAUGGUUCAUCUCAUGGUUCACCUUCCUGAACAAGUGUUGCUAACCGGUCCAGUACAUUUUAACUGGAUGUUCCCCAUGGAAAGACAACUAGGGAACUAUAAGAAAUCAUUGAACAAUAUGCGUUAUCCAGAGGGUUGUAUUUCUGAGCGAUACAUUGCACAAGAGUGUGUGACCUACUGCAAUUUAUACAUUCGUAAUGUGAGAUCUCUAGAAGAUGCAGGCAUCCCGAAGGCAGCACAAUACAAUCUUUCUGUUGUUUCUGAACUUGUGCGGCCGGAUAAGCUCAUACGUCAUAAAAGAAUGGGGGAACAAGAUAUUGAUGUGGCUCACUGGACUGUUUUAGAAGAAUGUGAAGAAGUAUCUUACUAUGUCGAAGAGCAUAAACGUAUGUAUAAGGCACGUAAUAAAAACAACAGUGAUGCCGAUCGUAAGAAGCAUUUUCAGCCGUAUUUCGUUAGAUGGAUUGAUCGUCUUAGAAAAAAUAAAGAUGAUGCCUACGAUCCGGAGGUGCUCAAAUUGGCUCAAAGACCCCAAGCACACCAUAUUUAUGCAACAUGUUAUGUGAACGGCGUCAAGUUCGUAUCUUGGCGAAAAGAUCAAUACUUGCAAACCCAGAACAGUGGGGUCAUGUAUGAGACAAUUAAUGGGAAGUUCUAUGGGAUUCUUGAAUAUGUUGUCGAACUACUGUAUACAAACGGCAUGUCGGUUGUCUUGUUCAAGUGUAAAUGGUUCGACACUGACCCUAAUGAUGAUGGGAGCACUAAGCUGGAUCACGACUUGUUAUCGGUGGAUACAUCCACCAGUUAG